CCAUUUAAACAAAACCCUGGAAACCCUCUUCUCUGUCUCUGUUUCUUCUCUUCUCUUCCAUGCUUGCAUUGCAGCUAUGUUGCUCUCUCUUCUCCUCUAACCGCAAAAACGACGACGCAUAAGCAAAUAGGCGUGGUUUCAACGUACAGUUAUUGCGGUUGGUUUGGUUGUUGGUGGUGGUACCAAGCAUGGGAGGCUCGAGGGUUCAGGUGAACAAGUCCCACAAGUCUCGCUUCUCUUCCAAAUCUUCCCGUAACCUUCAUAGAACCGACCUCAAAGAUAAGAGCAGGAUUUCCAAAUCCGGGGGCAAUGUUGCCAAGGGUGCUAGGGCUGCUCGACUUCAGCAUAACAGAAUGGUACGGGAGCAGAAAAAGGCAGCCCUGUUGAAAGAGAAAAGGGCUACUAGUGGAUCAACAAGCCCUCCCCGUGUUAUCGUUCUUUUUGGGCUUUCUGCUGCUGUAAAUGUAGAUUCACUUGCUGUGGAUCUUCUGUCCUUGUUAUCUAAACAGGGUGCUGGGGCUGCUUUUUCAACAGUUGCUUCUUCUGAGUAUAAGCUGAGAACUACGGUAUUGAAAGCACCUUAUGGGGAUUUGCUAUCAUGUAUGGAAAUGGUUAAGGUAGCUGAUCUGGUUGCCUUUGUGGCCUCAGCAAGUUCUUCAUGUGAAGAGAGCCCUUCUUGCUAUAUCGAUUCAUUUGGAAGUCAAUGCCUUUCUGUGUUUAGGUCUAUUGGUUUGCCAAGCACUUUUGUGCUGAUUCGUGACCUACCUACUGAGCUGAAGAAAAGACAAGACUCGAAGAACACGUGUAUGUCUAGUCUUGCUUCAGAAUUUCCCAAGGACUGUAAGUUUUAUCCUGCAGAUACAAAGGAUGAUUUGCACAAGUUCAUCUGGCAUAGCAAGGAGCAGAGGCUCACUGUUCCUCACUGGAGAAAUCAACGGCCUUACAUCAUGGCUCAAACGGUUGAUAUGGUGGUUGAUGAUGGCAAUUUAGAAAAAUGUACCAUGCUCCUCACUGGCUACUUGCGUGCUCAUAGCCUCUCAGUGAAUCAGCUGGUUCAUGUUUCUGGUGCGGGUGAUUACCAGUUGACUAAAAUCGAAAUUCUUAAGGAUCCAUUUCCUCUAAAUCCAAGAAAAGAGCAGGACUUGAUGGAUGCAGAUGAAGUGCAUGAUGUGGAGGUUAUUCGUUCUUUGGCUCCUGACCCAGAGAAACAAGAGCCUUUACUUGUUGAAAACAUUCCUGAUCCUCUUGAUGGAGAACAGACAUGGCCAACAGAGGCAGAAAUGGCUGAGGCUGAUAAAAAUCAAAAGCAAAAAAGGUUGAGAAAGAGAACUCUUCCUCGAGGCACAUCAGAAUACCAGGCUGCUUGGAUUGUGGAUGAUACAGAUGAGGAUUUAGAUAGUAAUGAUGAAGCCGAUGAUGGAAUGGCAUUGGAUAAACAGGAGAGUGAUUUUCCUGAUCAAGAGGGCACUAAUAAUCUAGACCUUGAUGAUGACCAACGUUCCUUAAACUUGAAGGACUCAGAUGAAGAAACCGAUAUCGAUUCAAUGAUGAUGGAUGGUGAGACCUUAACGCGGGAACAGAUAGAGGAUGAGAUUCAAAAGAUUAAAAAUGCACAUGCUGAAGAUGAGGAAUAUCCGGAUGAAGUGGAUACACCAUUAGAUAUUCCUGCUAGAAAACGCUUUGCCAAGUAUAGAGGCCUCAAGUCCUUUAGGACUUCCUCCUGGGACCCCAAGGAAUCUCUACCUCCGGAAUAUGCCAGAAUUUUUGCAUUUGAUAAUUUUGCAAGAACGCAGAAACAUGUUCUUGCUAAAGCUUUAGAUAUGGAACACGAAAACAGGGAUAACUGUAUUCCAGCUAGCUCAUAUGUAAGGUUGCAUAUAAAGGAAGUACCAAAUAGUGUUGCUUGCAAAUUAUGCUCACUGAUAAAGACAGUGCCUGUUAUAGUGAGUGGUCUUUUGCAACAUGAGUCCAAAAUGUCUGUGCUGCAUUUUAGCAUAAAGAAGCAUGACACAUACAGCGCUCCUAUUAAAUCCAAAGAGGAGUUUGUAUUCCAUGUUGGUUUUCGCCAGUUUGUUGCUAGGCCUAUAUUCUCUAGUGACAACAUUAAUUCAGACAAGCACAAGAUGGAGAGGUUUCUUCAUGCUGGGCGUUUUUGUGUAGCUUCUAUUUAUGGCCCAAUUUCUUUUCCUCCUCUUCCUUUGAUAGUCCUGAAGAGUGCUGAAGGGGGUGCUGCACCUUCUGUUGCUGCUGUUGGGUCAUUGAAAAGUGUUGACCCAGAUCGGAUAAUCUUGAAGAAGAUCAUUUUAACUGGUUAUCCGCAAAGAGUAUCAAAAUUAAAGGCUGCAGUAAGAUAUAUGUUUCAUAACCCUGAGGAUGUGAGAUGGUUCAAGCCUGUGGAAGUGUGGACCAAAUGUGGUCGUCGGGGUCGCAUUAAAGAACCUGUCGGUACACAUGGGGUGAUGAAGUGUAUUUUAAAUGGGGUCCUUCAGCAGAAUGACACCGUGUGCAUGAGCCUAUUCAAGCGUGCAUACCCCAAGUGGCCAAACCAUCGCUUUCCAAUUCUUGAUGCCUGAUCAACUGUGGUUGGUGACCAAUCAUGUACAGUUGAGUCUGGAAUUUGGAAGAAAGCCAUGCUAGUGCUGGGAAUGAAGCUUCUGUGGUUCAGAAUGUUGGUUCCAAUUUCAUGUUUGCUGAUAACCUUGCGUGCAGUUGGAGUGACAUGGGGUUCAUUGCGCCUUAUUUUUUUUAAUUUCAAUAUUGGUUUCUCUUUGCCAUAUAUUCUUUGAAAUGUAGAACUUAAAAUUUAUAGCAAUUAGCAAAAGGCAAGAGAGGGUAAGAGAGAGGGAAUUUCCAUGUCUUUUUUGUUAGCGCAUAUAGUUGCAAAAACGUUUGUUAUCGUAAUAGAACGUUUAUGCAGUAUGUCAUUCCUUAAAAUGUUCAAGAGAGUGCUAAGUAGCAAGUAUGCGUUUUUGCGAAUGA